AUGCGAAUGAAUGAUAGUAAAGAACAUAGAUGCCGCCAAUUAUUCUACGAGGGCGCCGAAUAUGACCAAACCAUCGAUAUUGAUCUAUCCACGUUAGAACCGCACGUCAAUGGACCUUUCACUCCCGAUUUGGCCACGCCACUAUCCCGCUUUGGUCAGGCCGUAGAGGAGCAGAAAUGGCCAGAGACCCUGACAGUCGGCCUUAUCGGCUCGUGCACGAAUUCAUCAUUCGAAGAUCUUAGCCGGGCUGCAAAUAUCGCGCAGCAAGCCGUCGAUGCCGGGUUGACUCCUGCAAUGCCGUUCCUACUAUCGCCGGGUAGUCUGCAAACACGUGAGACCCUGGAAAAAUCCGGAAUCUUGCAGACAUUCAAGAAAGUUGGAGUGAAGAUGCUGCCAAAUGCUUGCGGUCCUUGCUGUGGCUCCUGGGAUCGAACCGAUACACCCAAAGUAGUCCUCCAGCCCCAUUACCCACGCAAGCAGCGAAUUAACUUAAAAUGGCUAGGGCACGAGACCUUGCUUUCGAAUCCCAGCGUCGAUAACUUAGUCACGCCUGUUGGAGAACAAUUCCAUUUCGAGCCUCCUACAGGUGAUUCCCUUCCUGAACAGGGCUAUCUAGACUCCAACGCUGCCUACCAAGCGCCUCCGAUAGGUGAUCGUAGCGGGUUAGAUGUUCAGAUCGACCCAUCCUCGCAGCGGCUGCAAAAACUCGCACCUUUCGCCCCGUGGUUUGGAAAUGAUUACGAGGAUUGUCUUAUCCUGAUCAAGACCAAAGGAAAAUGCACCACAGACCACAUCACCCCAGCUGGUCCGUGGUUCCGCUUCCGCGGCCAUCUCGAAAACAUCUCGAACAACACUUUGAUUGGCGCUAUUAAUGCGGAAAACGACAAAGUCAACACCGUUCAUAAUCAGCUUACCCAGAAAAACGCUGAUGUUCCCGGUACCGCUCGUCAUUACCAAGCUCAAGGCCGUCCUUUGGUAGUGAUUGCGGAUCACAACUAUGGCGAGGGCUCUUCGCGCGAACACGCAGCCCUACAGCCAAGAUAUCUCGGCGGCAUAGCCAUUAUCGCAAAGAGCUUUGCUCGGAUCCACGAGGCCAACUUAAAGAAGCAGGGGAUGUUGGCUUUGACGUUCGCCAACGAGUUUGAUUAUGAUCGGAUCAAGGCGUCCGAUUGUGUCAGUAUCAUUGGAUUAGCGGAGUUGGCGCCGGGUAAGCCUUUGACGCUACAGGUAAAGCCGAUUGACAGAGAGUCGUGGGAUGCUAAACUAUUGCAUACGUUUACGCCGGAGCAGAUUGAGUACUUCAAGGCAGGAAGUGCGUUGAAUACGAUGGCAAAAGGGAACGAUGCGGUAGAAUAA